AUGAUUCCGCCUAAAGAUACUACAGCUGGUAACUCCUCUCUUUAUACUGCUACUGAAGGUAGUUCUAGUCAAUCAUGGGAUUCAUAUGAACGUGUUAGUAUAGCCAUAAAUGUUAACACACCUCCUGAUUCAGCCGAAAAUAAGGAUAAAAAUGUUAGAAUGCUUUACGCAAGUCAAAAUUGUAUUUCAAAAAAAAUUAGAUGUUCUAAGUAUAUUCCUUGCGAACAGUGUACAGCAAAGAACUUAGUUUGCAACUACAAGUCUGAUAGCAUUAAAAGGAUAUCUAAAUUCAAUCCCCCAAGACUGGAUAAGGUUAGAAUUACUCCCAAAGAAAAGUCCAAUGUGAGCAUUGAUGUUGAUACUGAUGUUGAACUAAUUUCAAGGACCACUAAUACAAGAGAUAACUUAUACAACCGUUUAAUUUAG